CGGCCGGAAAGCAGUUUGUGCUGGGUUGCUAGGUGACGGUCUUGGUACUGUUCUCCAUUUGGCAGGCCAUGGACACCACUCUCAUCCUCACUUUUCGGCUCCUUCUCGCCGCCUUAUCCCUUCUCCCCUGGCACCCCGCCGUCUCCGCUUUGCAGGAUGUCACUACCGAGCUCUUCGGGUCGGAAGCCUGGGGAAUCCUGGCCGCAUUUGGAGACUUUAACUCAGACAAACAGACCGACAUCUUUCUCAUCAGAUCAAAAAAUCAAUUAAUAAUCUUGUUGGCUGAUGUAAAGGCACCCUAUUAUAAACCAAAAUCGACAGUGGUGUUACAGUGGAGUGAUCUUGUGAUUACCAAUGUGGUACCAGGGGACUAUGAUGGAGACUCCCAAAUGGAUGUCCUUCUCAGUCUUCAUUCUAAGAAUCUCGAUGACAAUACAACCAUUGUUAUCUUCUGGGGAAAUAAUCAAACAUUGGAUCCAAAACUUUUUACCAUUCUAAAGGACAGCUUUUUGGAUGAACCACUAGUACUGGAUUUUAAUGGUGAUAUGAUACCUGAUGUAUUUGGGACCAUCAAGGGGAACGCAAAGCCACAGAUAUGUUCGUUGAUUGGAAGAAAUCAAUCUUGGUAUUCUGCUUUGGAUUCUGAUAUUCAAAUGUACGUACCUCAUUCCCAUGCUUUCAUUGACCUGAAUAAAGACUUCACUGCAGGAAGAAGAUGCUACCUGGACCAAGGUGAAAGAAGAGACUUAUUUCUUACCACCAAAGAACCUGAUGGAAUUCACUUUGAGACAUGGGAAAACAAGGAUGGAAAUUUCUCCAAAGCACCUGUCCCCUAUGACACAAAAAAACCUCCAAAUGCCAAGAAAAUUGGACAGUCGGCUUUUGCUGAUUUUGAUGGGGAUGGGCAACAGGAACAGUUAUUGCCCGUCUGUGCAGAUGAAGCCUGCCUUGAAAGCAUCAUUUAUCGGAGCAUGCAAGGAUCUGAACAGUGGAUACCUAUUUUAUCAAAUCUGAAGAAUGGCAAUACUGUUUGGGGAUUUAUUUCACAAGAACCAACACCACUGUUGCCUUUCCCUGGCCCAAUAAUUCAUUUAGGGGACUACAACAUGGAUGGCUUCCCUGAUGCAUUGGCAAUACUGAAGAACACUUCAGGCAGCAACAAGCAAGCUUUUCUACUGGAAAACGUUCCAUGCAUUGAUGCAAGCUGCAAGACUGUGGGUCGGAUGUUCAAGGUUCUUUGGGAGCUGUCUGAAUUAAACCAAAUUAAGAAUGCUGUUGUGGCAACUUUCUUUGACAUUUAUGAAGAUGGUAUCUUGGACUUACUUGUAUUAAGUGAGAAUAAGGAAAAUUCAAAGUUCACCAUCCAUGCUUUGCGAAAUAACUUUGAUGCUGAUGCGUACUUUGUUAAAGUAAUUGUUCUCAGUGGAUUGUGUUCCAAUGAUUGUCCACACAAAGUCACUCCAUUUGGUGUGAACCAGCCUGGGCCAUAUAUCAUGUACACAACAGCAGAUGCUAAUGGAUAUCUGAAAAAUGCAUCAGCGGGACAACUCAGCCAGUCAGCACAUUUUGCUCUACAGCUGCCCUAUGUGGUCCUUGGCUUAGGACGUAGUGCAAACUUCCUUGACCAUCUCUAUGUUGGCAUUCCUCGUCCUCAAGGAGAAAAGUCUAUAAGAAAACAAGAAUGGACUGCUAUUAUUCCAAAUUCUCAACUUAUAGUAAUUCCAUAUCCUCAUAACUCACCAAAAAGCUGGAGUGCCAAAUUAUAUCUGACCCCCAGUAAUAUUGUACUGCUCACAGCCAUAGCCUUAAUUGGAGUCUGUGUUUUCAUUUUGGCUAUAAUCGGCAUUUUACACUGGCAAGAGAAGAAAGCAGAUGACCGGGAGAAGCGCCAGGAAGCACACAGAUUUCAUUUUGAUGCCAUGUAAAAUGCAAUGGUUUCUAAGAGACAAAUGCUAAGUGUUAGAUCUAAAAUAUUACUUCUAGCAAAAGGUGAAUGUUUAAUGUUGAAUUGUACAUAAUCUAACUGCUUCCUGGAUUUAAAAAAAAUCCAAUUUAUGGUUUCUGGGCAGUGGUUGCAAAUAACUCAAGCUGUAUAUUUUGAGGAGUUAAGAAUCAUUGAAAGAUAAAUUAUGUAUUUCAUUGUGUUACUGCAUGUGUUUCCAAAUGUAUAUUCUCUGAACAUGGUGAAGCUUUCUGAAGUUAUUAAUGUGGCUCAACAGCCUUAAAAGCCUAAUUAAAAUAAAUGGUCUCUGUGGAAGAAUGUACUUAGUAUUUCUAUUAGGUAAAAAUGAACCAUACUGUGGUGUAUUAAACUUUUGAUGAUUUAAAACCAAA